AAACAAGAGUAUUGGCUGGCAAAAAAUGAUAUUGUCCCCUUCCUAUCAAACAUCCUGGAGAAAGCAAGGCGCCAACCGGACGAUUCAACCGACGCCCAACUGAUUCAGAGAGGUAUCAGAUUCCGGAACGGCGACGAGAUUCCAUGGCUGGAAAACAAAGCUAUUGAGAAUCCCCAUCUUUCCUUGACCACCGGCGUUGACCCUGUGCAACCCACUAAAGAUCUCUCUACAUUACUGGAGAGCCUCAUAAGCGCAGCGGAAGAGAACAAUUACAGUGUGGAAAUGGCGAUUCUCUGGGCCUUGGAAAGUGUUUACCACGACAGCUUUGCGAACUGUUUGGGAGAUGAAAAUUCUCAUACCCCAGAGAACAUGAAAGAGGUUUGUAGGAAAUGGGGAAACGAUGCUUUUGGAGACUACUGCGUUUCUCUUCAAAGCGCAGCCGAUCGAGCGUUGGAGAAAGCUUCCCCUGAUGCUAUUGCGAAAGCUGAGGUUACUCUGUUGCAGUUUCUUGAGAUUGUGGUUGAGUUUUGGAAUGUGAACAUGAAAACUAUGCAACCAAACGCGGCCUAGAUGGAUUAGAAGUUUAGAACCAAGCUAAUCAAGUAUUGUGUUUUGUAUUAUACUUUGUAGAAUUGUACAUAAUAAAUAAGUGUUGGUCCAACAAGGGUUGUGGUUAAAAGUAGGC